UCCCACUGUUCCAAAAUUCUCCAAGCUCCGAGCCAGACCCGUUUCUUCAAGCCCUCCUCUCUCAAUUUCGUACAGAUUCCUUCGCUCUCUCACUUCAAAUUGUGGGUCAACUCGGUCCGAUCCGGUUCGCUCGCUCUUCUCCUCUCCUGAUUGCUUGUUUCCUCACUUGGGUUCGUACCCACUUCUCCUUUUCCUCAUUUUUUGACUUCCUUCGACGAUUUUGCUUCCUGGGAUUUCUUGCUCUAUCUGGGUUCUCAUUGUUUUUGGCGUUUGUUGUCGGGGUUUUGGUGUCGGAGCUUCUGUGCGAAGUGUUUGAUUUUGGGAAUUCGGGUCUGUUCUUUUGUGGGUUCGAAGUUCUGGGGUUUGUGGUAUCUGGGUUGUUUGUCGUUUUUAGUUCUGGGGUUUGUAGUUGUCGGGUUUUGUAUGUGAAAUUUGGGUGGAAUUGCCAAAUUUGUGUGUUCAGAGGUGGAAAUUGGGGGGUUUUUUCUCUUGGGCGAAAUUAGGGUUUCUGUUGUGAAUUAGACGAAUUGGUUGUUUAUAGUGUUCUUGAUGGUGGAGAAGAUGAUUCUGGGGCCCAACCGUGUCUGAGAAUUUGGGUUGUUUGGAGACUUUAAUGGGAUUUUGCGACAUCAGGAAGAAGGUUUGGGAAACAGUUUCUUUGUUAAAUUUAAGGUCUCAGAGGUGAAGUGAAAAGAUGUUCUAUUCUCAAUUCAUAUUGGCCAAGAAAGGGCCGCUUGGGACAAUAUGGAUAGCGGCACAUUUGGAGAGGAAGCUGCGGAAAAAUCAAGUGGCAGACACUGAUAUCGGUGUCUCAGUAGAUUCAAUUCUUUUCCCCGACGUGCCAAUUGCACUACGAUUGUCCAGCCAUCUUCUCCUUGGGGUGGUGAGGAUCUAUUCGAGAAAGGUGGGUUACCUAUUUGACGAUUGUAGUGAAGCUCUGCUUAAGGUAAAGCAAGCGUUCCGUUCUACUGAUGUUGACUUACCUCCUGAAGAAUCGACUGCUCCGUAUCAUUCCAUUACUCUGCCCGAGACUUUUGAUCUUGACGAUUUUGAGCUUCCAGAUAAUGAACUUUAUCAGGGUAAUUAUGUCGAUCAUCACGUUAGCUCUCGGGAGCAAAUUACCCUUCAAGAUACUAUGGACGGUGUAGUCUACACUACUUCUCAAUUUGGCUUGGAUGAGCGUUUCGGUGAUGGAGAUGCUUCACAAAUUGGUUUAGAUCUCGAUGAGGAACUCUUUGUCGAAAAGAUCAUUGUUAAGGAUCACGAUGAGAUUUCAGAUAACGAUCCUCGGGCACUUUCUCCAUCAACAAUCUUGAAAGACAAGGAUGAAAAUACGAAGGAAAUCCUAGAAAACUUUGAGACGCUGCAGGAUCCAUCAUCUAAUGUGAGACAAGUGGAUGAUUGUAACUUGUCUGGUGUUCAGGAUAGUGAUGGUUCUUUGAAAGUGGAAGUUCGGGGUACAGAACCGAAAGCCGUGGAGAUUGAAAUGAACGAAUCCAGGAAGUCAGAUAUUAAUGGUGGCCCGACCAAUGUUUUAGAUUGGUCUGCCCAUAACGAUUUGGAUUAUGAGACUACAAGACCCAUGCAUCUUAAAGAGAAUGGCCAUCUUUCUAGUGACCCGGAAAACAAAGAUGGAAAACUCGAACAGUUUUCUUCGCCAGCUGACGAGACAAUGGAAAAGAUGAAAGGAGAUGCAUUAAAUGGCUCAAGCACAGGAGAAGAAAUGAACAGUGGAGUUGUAAUAAACAAUGAGCUUGAAAUGACCUUUCUUGAUCCCGUUGAUGCAGAAUGUGAUCGCAGCAGAUCUACGUUAGACGCAACGGCCAUGUCUCCUAGUCGCUCUGGUGUCACCCCUGAUUUUGAGGACAUUGGACAUAAAGCUCCUUCAGAUAGCACAUAUGCAUUAGCCUUAGAGGGUUGUACGAUCGGCGAUCAACCAUCCUUAAAAUCCAUUGACAAUACGGGUGAAGUGCUCUCAGCUGGAAGAGUUGCUCGAGAUAUGACAUAUCAAGAGGAAUCUCCUGGUAGGCCUGAGGUUAUCGAUUCUGAAUCCAAGGAAUUUCGGGAGCCAAAGGACACCGAGACUCGGAAUUCUUGUAAUGGUGAAGAAACUACAUCCACGGAGAAGUCUGUGCUACUGUCAUGCAAUUCUCGUGUAACUAGACCAUCUCUUGAAGGUGAAAGCUGCCAAGCAACUGACGCUGUGACACAAAAUUUGGAAAUAAGUGAGAAAGCGGAUACCGAAGUUCUGGAAGACAGGCAGGCUGGUUGCAGGGACUCCGACAAACAUUUGGAUUGUGCAUUGUCUAAUGAUAUUUGCACGGAGGUUUCGAAUAGGUCUCCCACCUCAGACUUCCCAGCACCCGAGAAGUUGCUUUCUGUACCCGAGGGCCUUACUGAAAUACACGGUGACAACUUAUCAUUGAAUUCUUCACUGGACAAAGGAAACUUGGUCGAGGAUGACGGAGGUGUUUCUGGAAGUAAUCUUAUGUCGGGGAAGAAGCGAAGCUUCACGGAAAGUACUUUAACAGCACAAAGUUUGAACUCAGCUGAGUCCGUUGGGGCGCACCGAUCUAAGAGAGUUGCAGAAUCCAUUCCUGAUGACGACGAUUUGUUAUCUUCUAUUUUAGUUGGAAGACGAUCUUCGGUUUUGAAAAUGAAACCGUCACCUCCCGUGCAUGAAACCAUAACCUUGAAACGUCCACGAUCGGCAGUUGGAGUUGGCAUCUCAAAGAAGAAGGUGCUUAUGGAUGAUAUGAUGGUUUUGCAUGGAGACACAAUACGUCAUCAACUUACAAGCACGGAAGACAUACGUCGUGUUCGGAAAAAGGCACCCUGUACUCGUCCUGAAAUUUCAAUGAUUCAGAGACAAUUCUUAGAAGACGAAAUUUUCAGUGAAUCCAUAUAUUCAGGUAUUUCCAAGGAACUGUCGUCAUUGCAUGCCGAAGCAUUUGACCUUAGUGAAAUCAGGGUUUACGAGAAGGAGCCAGUCAGUGCUUGUAACGAGGCAGGAAACGAUUUCGAGUCUGCUAUUAGACCGAAUACCACUGAAGAAAGUGCAACAGAAACAGCCCCUGAAGAAGUCAUUGGCAAAAAUGAUCUUCAAUCUCAGCCUGCUCGGGCUACUGUGCAGAACGAGACUGAGUCGGCUCAAGAGUUAACAUUAGAGUGUCCUGAUCUAGAUGUUCACGAGCAGCAGCAAACGACUUCAAUUGAGAAUGCUGGACAGGAACCCGGAAAUGUUGCUGAUGCAGCCAAUAGCUUCGACAUUCACGAGUUGGAAUUACCUUCCUUAGUCAUUGGGGAUAAAUAUGAUGAUCCAAAUGCUUCUUUGCAGAAAAUAUUGGAAUCUCAGCACAGUGGUGAUGAUACUUUUACGGUGGAUACCGGGAAUAUUGGUCUCGACACUGUUAGUGCUAGUGAUUGCACUGAGAUCAGAGAUAACGUUAAUGAAGAAAAAUACGAUCAUAAUGUUUCCCUUGUAAUCUCGCCUCGAGAAAAUGGUGAAUCGAAUUAUCUGGCUCCUGAAAAUGGUGAAAAACCUGAUGAAAGCGUCUUAGAUGUUAAGUUAGGGGAGAUUGAUGGGGAUAGAGUAAAUACAGCAGACGUCGCAAACGACGAGAAGGAUGCAGCUUCUGUUUGUUUAAUCGAUGGAGCACCAAUGGAUUCUCAAUAUUCUUCAGGAUUUCAUCCAGACUAUCCUGAAGAAGCUGAUCUGCUCAAUACCGUGGACACAGAAAUGACUAUCCUUGACCAUCCUACUAUAGCCGAAGACCGUGGUGACUUCGAGGAUGUGACAGUGGCUAAUGAUAUAGAAUUUUUGAACGAAGAUGACGAGGCCGAAGAAGAUGAGGACAACACGCAAUUUGCAGCAGAUCCUAGCUUUCUUGAAAACAGUGGAUGGUCUUCCCGUACCAGGGCGGUUGCAAGGUACCUUCAAAAUCUCUUUGAUAGGGACACUGUACAUGGGAGAAAGGUCCUUUACAUGGAUAACUUGCUCGUUAACAAAACUCGGAAGGAAGCUUCAAGAAUGUUUUUCGAGACACUGGUUCUCGUGACAAAGGAUUACCUCCAUGUAGAACAGGAAAGACCCUUUGACAACAUUAGUAUAAAGCCAAGAAUAAAUCUCAUGAAAUCAAAUUUCUGAUUUACUUUAGGAAAAGGCAGAGAUACACAGCUGGAGGAAAACCCGAAAACCCGAAAAUCAAAACCCAAAUACCAAAAUGGCUCCGGUAGGUGUUAGUUCGGCCGAUGCUCCACUCGGGACGUCAAUAUAGCUGUUCCCAUCAUCAGAAACUCCUCUACUCUACCCAACACAAUAAUCUUUUGUUUGUUACUAUUAUUUAUAUAUAAUUGCUCUGUUCAAGCUAGACGUUUUAUGUAAGCGGUAAGUGGCCAGUGAGUCUAACCGUGCAGUCGAGUCGAGUCGGGUCGAGUUGAGUCCAGUGGGGACGGUCGUGUAUUAAUGUGUUUAUUGUACCAUCUUUUGUAUUAUGACAGACACUCAUGUAUAUAUUAUCUGUAAAAAUAGUCUCCUGUUAUUGAAGA